AUUCUCUUCGCGCCUGCCUGUUGCAUUUUCGUUGUAAGUUAGCGUAGAGCCACGAUUUCGCCCGGCAAUUCGAAUUCUUUAUAUUUGCUUGUUCCUGGUUUCGGAAUUGACCUCAAUGUAGUCUGGAACGUUGUUCGAUGGCUGAACUCUUCCUGGUUAGCGUGGGGUGAUAAUGUCAUAGAUUGAGUUUGUGGACUGGCUAUUGUCACCUUGCAUGUUUGACUGAACAAUCUCCGUAACUCAACUGCUUGCAUUUGAUCAAUAUCGAUAUGUUACUUCAAAGGAGUUUGAUAGUCUGCGGUGCACUAAUGAGACAUAGUUUGAUCUUGGUGUCUGAUAGUGUAUAAUGGUGCAAUAAUAGUCGUGCUAAUAGAAAAGUCUUAGUGACGUUGACUUCUUCCUAUCCCUGUCGAGGGGUGCUUAAGAACACCCCUCUCCCAAGAUCUGUUGGAAAAACUGCAACCAAAUUUUCAACAAUACAUCUCAUACCUCUCAUUUAACUCUUCUCAACAUGUCAGACCUCAAAGCAACCGUUUCAGAGACCACAACCAAGUCCGGCCAUGCCGGGUUCCACGUUGAAGGUUAUGAGAAGAUUGAAUAUGACUUCACUUUCAUUGAUGGUGUCUUUAAUAUCGACAAUCCAAAUCUUGCCGAGUGCUAUACCCAUUGGGGAAGAUGCUUAGCAGUCACUGACAUGAACAUUUACAAUGUUUACGGAAAGCAGAUGGAGAAGUACUUUCAGCACUACAACAUCAAGUUGGUAUUCCACAAGACGAAGAUCGGAGAGAAGGCAAAGACCAUUCCUACCUUUUUGAGUAUUGUGGAUUCCAUGACCGAAUUUGGAAUCUAUCGCAAAGAGCCAGUUCUUGUUGUCGGAGGAGGUCUUGUCACUGAUGUUGCCGGAUUUGCUUGCGCAGCAUACAGACGAAACACCAACUUUAUUCGUGUUCCAACUACCGUCAUUGGAUUGAUUGACGCAUCAGUGUCAAUCAAGGUUGCAGUCAACUAUGGCAACUACAAGAACAGACUAGGCGCUUAUCAUGCUCCCAUUCAUACAUUCCUUGACUUUACAUUUUUACGAACACUUCCAACUGCGCAAAUACGUAAUGGUUUUGCCGAAUUGAUCAAGAUUUCAUCCUGCUCUCACCUCCCUACUUUCGAUCUAUUAGACAAAUACUGUGAACAGCUCAUUGAAAAUUCUUUUGGUCGAGCUGAUGGCUCUUCCAAGGAAUUGAUCGAUGCCGCAGACACGAUCAACAGAGGGGGUAUCCACGAAAUGUUGAAGUUGGAAACACCAAACCUUCAUGAGAUUGGUUUGGAUCGUGUUAUUGCCUAUGGGCACACAUGGUCACCUCUCCACGAGCUUGUUCCGGAAACACCCCUUCGACACGGCCACGCGAUAUCCAUUGAUAUGGCCUACUCGGCAACUCUUGCCAAUCAGCGAAAGCUCUUGAGUGAUGAGGAGCAUCGCCGCAUCUUGAACUUGUUCUCUCGUGCAGGUCUUUCAAUGGAUCAUCAUCAAUUCGAUGAAGAGAUCCUCGAAAAGGCUACUGCUGCUAUCCUCAAGACACGAGAUGGCAAACUCAGAGCCGCUGUUCCAAAUCCUCUUGGGUCGUGCACCUUCUUGAAUGACGUUUCUGCCGAGGAGAUGAACCAAGCUUUACAUCGCCACAAGGAGCUUAUGAAGGAGUAUCCUAGAAAUGGAGAAGGGCUCGAGGCAUUUGUUGACGCAUCUGACACCGGUUACACCGAGAACGCGAAGAUGGAAGAAGAAAGAAUCAUUGAAAUGGCAGCGAAAAAGGCUGGCCAGAUGAAUGGAACCAAUGGCCAUGCAAAUGGAACUAAUGGUCAUACCAACGGAACCAAUGGGCACGCAAAUGGAACUAAUGGACAUGCCAAUGGAACCAAUGGUCAUGCUCCUCACAAAAAUGGCAAGGCGAAUGGUCUAAUUAAUGGGCAUAGUAACGGGGCAUUGUCAAAUGGUACGACAGGUAGUUACUGAUGCAUGGGUGGAUCAUAAAAGUGAAGAUUAACGUUUGAGAUUACAAUGUUGUUGGACUACGGACACGACUUGCAUGGCUUUUUAAAGCAAUGGUAUUUUUUUUUUCGGAACAUAAAUAUAAUGCUUCCAAUCCAAUGAGUUAUCAUGUGUUUGAU